AGCGCAUGCGCACAGCUGGAAUUGGCCAGGCACGUUAGCAGUUUGUCGGCUACAAGGCUACAAGCUGUUCUUCACUGUAGUUACACAACCUAGCAACAAAAGCGACAACGGCAUCACGAAGGGAAGGUUGGCUACGGAAAAAAUAUCCAGGGGUGUAGGAGUGUCCAGGGGUAAAGACGACCCACAAUGUUGAACCCAACCAAUGGUGACCAAGGCCAUGUUGUUGUCAACUAUGUGGAGGAGUAUUUGGAUCUGGUGGAGUCGCUGCCAUUUGACUUGCAGAGGAGUGUCUCCCUCAUGAAAGAAAUUGAUGCCAAGUAUCAAGAUGUUCUGAAGGAGCUUGAUGAUGUCUAUGAACGGUAUCGUCGUGAAUCUGACUCCCUUCAGAGACGCAAGCUACAGUUAUCCAUUCAAAGAGCACUGAUCCGCAGUCAGGAACUUGGAGAUGAGAAGAUCCAGAUUGCUGGUCAAAUGGUGGAGUUGGUUGAAAAUCGAACACGACAAAUUGACUGGCAUUCUGAACUUCUCGUCUCCUCUCAAGAAGUUACAGAAAGUCAUGUACCUACUGCAACAUCCAUGACCACAACUGCAGCAUCUUUAAUGUCCUCCUCAUCUGCAAUAGUCACCCCAGGCAAACCUGGCCACCACGACAAGAAACGCGAGGAGGUCACCCCUGGCUCAGGUGGCGGAGACAAAGCUGGAGGGAAACGCUCCAGACGUCAGAAAAAUGGAGAAAGUCGAGAAAGUUACGGGGGUGUGGAUCAUGCUGAGGAAGUGGGGGCAUCACGGGAAAAGAAGGCCAAAACAUCUUCCAAGAAGAAGAAACGGUCAAAAGGAAAGUCGGAGAGGGAAGUGUCGCCUCCGGACCUGCCUAUAGAUCCAGACGAGCCAACAUACUGCCUGUGUGAGCAGGUGUCCUAUGGAGAGAUGAUUGGCUGCGAUAAUGAUGAAUGUCCCAUUGAGUGGUUCCACUUCUCUUGUGUUGGGCUGCAUCAUAAGCCCAAAGGCAAGUGGUAUUGCCCAAAGUGUAGAGGUGAGAAUGAAAAGACCAUGGACAAGGCCCUUGAGAGGGCCAAAAAGGAGAGGGCAUACAACAGGUAGCUCACUCUGCCUUUCCCAGUGAACACUAUUAUGUUCAAUUUAAUUUUAUGUCGUGGUUUCAUUUAAAAUACUGUUAUAAGAGUAUUGUAUUGAUGAGAUGACUCUUGGUAAAAUAUUUUUGUAAUUGCUUGAUAGCUGAGAAACAGGAUGUUCCUCCAUUUGGUUCAUAAUAUUUGUAAAGAAUUAACACAAAUCUAUACAGGACUACGUGCAUGUUUUUAAAAUGCUAUCCUACACUUACAUCUGUCUUUGUUACCAUCAUGCAUGCAGCAUCACGUGCUAAAAUAUCUACUCAUUUAACAAAUAAAAAUGUCUGAACUUG